CUGUCUGCAGAGACUUCCGGAUGUGCUUGUAGCAAACACAGGCUGCGGAGCAGACACGGGGAGUCCCUGGGGGUGGACUUGGGAUCCUGAAAUGGUGUGUUUGGGAGAGCCGUCCUUGGACCCGAGGAUCGCGGAGUGCCCGGGAGAUGUCGACCGCCCCCGCUGCAGCUGGGACACCUGGGGGAUGACCUGCGCCCACUAGAAUGCCUGGAUGGUUCAAAAAGGUGUGGUUCGGGCUGGCGUCCCUACUCAGCUUCUCCUCCUUCGUCCUGAUCAUCGCGGCGCUGGCGGUGCCCCACUGGCUGAGCGGGAAAAUCCUUUGUCAGACUGGCGUGGACCUGGUCAACGCCACCGAUCCGGAGCUGGUCAAAUUCAUCGGGGACAUUUACUACGGCCUCUUCCGAGGGUGUAAGGUGCGGCAGUGCGGGCUCGGGGGCCGCCAGUCCCAGUUCACAAUCUUCCCACAGCUGGUGAAGGAGCUCAACACAGGCCUCCACGUGCUGAUUCUGCUGCUGCUCUUCCUGGCCCUGCCCCUGGCUCUGGUCAGCAUGGGCUUCGCCAUCCUCAACAUGAUCCAGGUUCCCUACAAGGCAGUCAACGGCCCUGGGGGCAUCUGCCUGUGGAACGUCCUUGCAGGUGGAGUCGUGGCGUUGGCCAUCGCCAGUUUCAUGGCCGCGGUGAAGUUUCACGACCUGACGGAACGCAUCGCCAACUUCCAGGAGAAGCUCUUUCGCUUUGUCGUGGUGGAAGAACGAUACGAAGAGUCUUUUUGGAUCUGUGUGGCCAGUGCCUCAGCCCACGCUGCCAACUUGGUUGUGGUGGCCAUCAGUCAAAUUCCCCUCCCAGAGAUUCAGACCAAAAUGGAGGAGGCCACGGUCACGGCCGAGGAUAUCUUGUAUUGAGAGUUUUCUCCCGUCUCACCCCUUGCCAGGUGAAGAAACUAAGGCACAGGAAGGUUGGGUAGCUUGCUGAGGUCAGAGAUCGAGUCGUGGAUGUGGGAGCCACUGGGCGAAUGAGUGUGAUCAGCGCUGCAAUGGUGCAGACUCACAGGGCCGAGGAGGGCGUGAGUUCUUCGGGACGGGCUGUGGGACUGAAGAAAGGGGCGCAGAGGUGACAUGCGAUCUGAACUUUGAAAGAUGAGUAGACUUUUUUCCAGUGGUGAAGGAACAAGUUGGGAGAAGGGCAUUUCAGGAUGUGUCAGCAAUGAGCGGAGGCACAAGGUCUGAGGUUAUGAGGAGGGUUUGGAAGCAUGCAACAGCCAGUGGGACUACAGCCGCUUCGCCUGUUGGGUAAGCCCGGAUGUUUUGGGUUGGGUUUGGGUUUUCCCACGUGCUACUCUGAUGGUACUUUAGGUGUUGACUUGGCUAGGCCAUGGUACCCAGAUAUUUGGUUAAAUACUAUUCUAGAGACAGACUAGUAGAGAGUAGAUUUUUACAAGUUGAUUUGAGAGAAAAAGAAGAAUGGAGAGAGAGAGAUCAA